AUGGACCCAACCCUCGAUCCCCCGCUCCCACCACCCCCGCGUCGCAUUCACCACCGCGCCUCGCCAACCCGCCGCCGCGACCAUUACCAAAACAACCACAACCACCACUACCGCCUCACCGCCACCGCCACCGCGCGCUCCCGCUGCGACGACCGCUCCAGCCAACCCUCCAGCGACCCGGCCUUCUUCUCCAGCGACGAUGUCCCCGGCUCCGGCGGCUUGGAGAACUACACCGGUUCUGCUGCUGCUACCCACGCAAACGCUACAACACAUCACCACCAUACUUCCGGAGCUGGGGGCUUGGCGGGUAGUCGGAAGCGCCGGUAUCGCGGGACGUGGUGGGGGGAGAAGAUGAUGUCGUCCGGGGGGCAUCAACAGCAACAGCCAUCGGGGCAGGAAGGGGCUAAGCGCAAUAAGAGGGUGGAUUUUCGGGAGAAGAGGUUGGUGGAUAGUGGCGUUUGGAUGGGGAGUGAUGAUUCCUUGGCGGGUGGGUUUUUGGGCUCCGAUGCGUCGUGGGGGGAGGAGGUUUGGGCGCAGUUUGUUGGGGGAGGGGAGGGGGAGGGGGCUGAUGGGAAGGUGUUUGGGGAUGGGAAUGGGAUUGGGAGAAGGGGGGAGGAGGGGGAGAGAAGGUCUGAUGGUGAGGUUGGGGGUGAGGUGGAGGUCGAGCAGCAACAGAAGCAGCAGCAGCAUUGGGGGGAGCAGGUUUCUGGGUUUGCGAGCUCGCAGGGUCAGGGGCAGAGGGGUACCUUGCUGGGCCUGGGAGGGUUGAGGCGCGGGAUCGAGGAAGAGCCCAGGGAGCAUCAGAUCGCGCGGGCGAUUGUGAAUGAUUGUCUGGAGCGGGGGGAUGAUAGUGUGGACUUGAGCGGCGGAAACCUCCGCAGCAUCCCGUCCGGCCUGCUUCGUCCGCUGCAGCACCUCACCAAACUCCCCGCCAUCAAGGAACCCCCCGUCACGGAAGACGUCUACACCUCGCUCGAGCCGUUCCUGAGGCUGUUCCUCGCGGGGAACGCCCUGCCCAAGCUGUCCGGCGAGCUCUUCGAGCUGGACACGCUGCGCGUCCUGAGCCUGCGCAACAACAAGCUCACCGAGAUCCCGCCCGCGAUCCGCCGCUUGACCAUGCUGCAGGAGGUCAAUCUGUCCGUAAACCGGCUGCGCAGCCUCCCCUGGGAGCUGUUGUGGUUGAUCCGCAAAGGCGACCUGAAGCAUCUCACCGUGCGGCCGAACCCGCUCCUACAGAUCGACGAUGGAGCCCACGACCCCGAGGCCGCAGUGGCCGAGUGGCACGUCCCCCGCGAGGAGCUGCGAUCGUGCGUCUACGAGGGCCCCGCGCCCGAGGAAGCCUGGGCCCCCGUGCAUGUCGCCACGGGCCCCGUCCGCCGCUACAAUGCCGAAGGCGUGCUGCUGCCGCCGGCCGGCAGCAGCACCAGCACCAGCACCACCAGCUCGCAGCCAACGGCAAUGGAGCUCGAUGCCGACACCGACACCGACGCCAACCCCCAAGACCGCCCAGGCCCAACACCCCCAGCUGCCUCGCGCGUCCCCUCCCUCCGCGAAGUCGCCCUCCUCUCGCUCACCCGCUCCCCGUCCUUCGAUCUUCUCUCGGACGCCGAGCUGGCCGGCUACCCGGCCCUGAUGCUGCGGCUGCUGCGCGAUGCAAGGGAGGUGCGCGCCGGCGGCGGCCGCAGCUGCUCCGUGUGUCACCGCGGGUUCGUGCUCGCGCGCACCGAGUGGAUCGAGUGGUGGGACUGCAGCACGUACGAGAAUGGGUUGAAGGGCCCGCGGCCGUCCGGGGAGGGGCUUCGGCCAUUGCCCUUCCGGCGGUUGGGGUGUAGUUGGGGGUGUGUGCCGGGAGCUGAAAUCUGA